UCUAGUACAAACCCGACGGUCCAUGUGAUCGGGCAAAAAUAUCAAAAUGCUGGUCCCGGCCGAUAUGCUGGCCGCCCAGUCUAAAAUGCUCUAUCAAAUAAACAAAUAUUAUGGUGAACGAGUGCAAACUAGAAUGACAACAAUCGCAAAAACAAUUAGGGAAGUAUGUAAAGUAGUUCAAGAAGUUCUCAAAGAAGUGGAAGUGCAAGAACCCAGAUUUAUAUCUUCAUUGACAGAAUGUAAUGGAAAGUAUGAAGGUUUGGAGGUUAUUUCGCCGAUAGAAUUCGAGGUAGUGCUUUAUUUAAAUCAAAUGGGUGUGUUUAAUUUCGUCGAUGACGGAACAUUGCCGGGGUGUGCCGUAUUGAAAUUAAGCGACGGAAGGAAAAGAUCAAUGUCUUUAUGGGUGGAAUUCAUUACGGCAUCUGGAUAUUUGUCGGCGAGAAAAAUACGGUCGAGAUUUCAAACACUGGUUGCCCAAGCUUGUGAUAAAUGUUCCUAUAGGGAUAGUGUGAAAAUGAUUGCAGAUACUUCGGAAGUAAAAUUACGAAUUCGUGAGAGAUACGUAGUGCAAAUUACACCUGCUUUUAAAUGCUCCGGAGUUUGGCCUAGGUCUGGUUCACAUUGGCCGUCACCGCACAUACCCUGGCCACAUCCAAAUCUUGUAGCAGAAGUUAAAACAGAAGGUUUUGAUCUUUUAAGCAAAGAAAGUGUCGCGGCGCAAGGUAAGCAAACUUCUAUGGAAGGUGACGCGUGGGUUUUAUCGUUUUUAGAAGCAGAAAAUCGCCUUUUACAAGGAGGAUGUAGGCGAAGAUGCCUCAGUAUUCUAAAAACACUUCGUGAUCGACAUUUAGAUCUUCCUGGUAAUCCCGUAGCCAGUUAUCAUUUAAAAACAUUACUACUUUAUGAAUGCGAAAAACAUCCAAGAGAAAGUGAAUGGGAUGAAUCAUGUAUAGCAGACAGAAUCAAUGGCAUAUUUUUACAACUAAUUUCAUGUUUGCAAUGUCGACGAUGUCCCCAUUAUUUCCUACCUAAUUUAGAUUUAUUUAAAGGGAAGUCACCGAGCGCUUUGGAAAAUGCAGCGAAACAAGUAUGGAGGUUGACAAGAGAAAUGUUAACAAAUACUAGAUGUUUGGAAAAAUUAUAGACAAAAGUUUUUUUGUUGUAUUUAUGUGAUUAUUUAUAUCUUUGUUUUUGUUAACAUAUUGGUUAAAAACUGAAAUAUUUCAACAUAAUGCCAUAUUGUUAUAACUUGUAAAGUUAUGUUCAUAUUCAUGUCCAUUUAUAUGUAGUUUAUUUUGUUAAUGAAAUAUUUUUUUAUUGUGUAAGAUCAUAUUGUGUUCAUUAUUUCUCGACAUUUAAAAAACAAGUGACUACACUAUACAAAAAAGAAUUAUUGAGCAAUUGAAUGUAUUUAAAAAAAUUCUUCUCAACGAGGAAAAGUUGUAUGAUAAUAUUUUUUGUGGUAGGUAGUCUUAAACAUUUUCAAUAUUAAUCAUUGGAAUAGUUAAAAGUGAUAUUUAUACUAGAUUUUUAGAUUGACACGGAAGUUUUUAUUAUGAAAAAUAGGGAAAAAAUUGAGAUUAAAAAUAAAAAACUCUUUGAACAUGAUGAUUUCAUCAUUAAUAUCUUGAGUAGCCAAAUAAUAUUUUGAUAAUCGAAUUCUAAUGAAAUUUUAUAGGUACCUAUAGAAUAAUCUUGUGUAAGAAUGUUUAUUGUUUUUAUGUAUUUGUUAAUAUUAAAAUGUUUCACUUCGUCUCACGAAUUAAGUUCUGCGAACUACAUAUAAAAGCAAUUAAUCUCUCAAAAAUAUGCCUUAUUCUUUAUUUUACAUUCCCACUCAACUUUAUGAAUUUUAAAUGUAUUAACUGUAACGAUAUGAAACAAGCUUGGUAUACCUACCUAUAUACAACAGUAAACUGUUACGUUUUUACUAAAAAUGAAGGGAAAAAUUGUAACUUCUUCACUGGUUUCAUUCGAUUGACCUUAUUGCUUUCCAUUCUAUUGUUGUAUCCUAUACACAAUUAUUAUUCAUUGUAAAAUUCUCUUUCCGAUUAUAUGUCUUCUUAGUGACUACGGGUGGCAAUUAUAGCCCACCAUAAACUACUAUGUAUUUUAAACUGAUUUUCUACUUUCAACCAAUGAUUGCGAAUUUCAAACGAUUUGACUAGAAACGUAAUUUGAAGAUUUUUUAGGUUUACUUUCGAGUAAUUUUCUUAACAAAGUUUCUAUUAACAUAUAUUAAUUUCAUAUUAUAAAGGUAUACACGUUAUUUUUAUAACAAUUUAUGUGCAUUUUCACAAUGAUCUUAUUUUUACUCACUGUCACUUUCUCUGUCAUUAAUAGUAAAGACGUGGAAAUGGAAAUAAACAUUUUUUAUUAUAUCGAUAUUAUCAGUGCACAGCAAAAGAUUACAAACUAUUUGAGUGUAGCUUUAGCCUGAAGUUAUUGACCAUGCACAUAAAACAUCUUAUUCUGCAGAUAAUGCAAACUGUAGUUUAUGGAAGGCAAUUGUAACUAAUAAAAUCAUCUAUCGGAGUAAUUGAAAAAUCCUUUUUUUUUUCUAAUUUUCUAAAGUUCUAGUUUAUUUUUUAUUUUAAUAACAUUUCUUUUAUUUGUGAUUCGUUUUUUCCCCAUCUUUGAUGAAAAUUUGUAUUUUCCAUAAAUAAGAAUAUUUCCUGAUUAAUCAUUGUAAAAUUGUUUCAGAUGUUGGAAUUGCAGUGGUUGCUUUUCUAUGUGGUAGAAAAAAUUGAUAUAAAACUGGUUAGAUUAUCAUUAAAAUCCGAUAUUUAGCCAUCACAUGCCUAUAUAAUAUAUCUAUACUCCUAAAGUUAUGGGAAUACUUUUGAUUCAUUAUUACCUCACAACUAAACUCUAAUACUUGAUGUGAAUUGUGAAAUAGAUGAAGGAUCUCAAAAAUUCGCAAUCAUUUCAAAAAGUAUGAAAUAUAAACAAAAACGAAUUUUCAAACAACGAAAAAUAUGGUUAACAACAACAACAACUUUUACAUUUAUUAUAUAACCGAAUAAUAGCUCCAACACGUGUUACAUAAACGGUUGUAAAAAAAUAAACAAAACUUGAUCAAAUUUAGUAUCUGCGUUAAAUUUAAUUAGAUAUACAAUUACUUUCGUGUAAUUCAUUGAUUUAUAGCUUUAAAUAGUAUGUAGGACAAUGAUAUUAUCAAUCAAUCUCGUAUUCUAGUGCCAUCUACCGGUAUAUUUUGCAUUUAAGAUAUUGUACAUAACAUACAUUCUAAAUGUUACAUCGUAUCAAUGUAAUGUAUAUCUUAUUUUAGUCGUAUUUAAUGUUUAUUUAUAUUUGUAUUCAGAAGACUGCGGUUAUAUGUCAAAAAUAAAUAUUUUGUUGAAUUUCUAUGUACAUUUUCAAAUUAAUUUAUUAAAAACGUACUAUAAUUAUAUCUUUUCUUGUGUCCUUUAA